AUGGCGCUCUUGAAGGAUCGCAAGAGUCCUAAAGAGGAGGCCAACAUGGACCAGCUGAUUAUGCAAAUCGACGAGAUCAUCCAACGAAGACAGGAUGAGCUCUUCAACCGCCUUUCUUCUGUACUUUCUCAACCACUUUCUCCACCCGACCGGAACGACCCUCCUGACCGAUGGCCGGUGGACUUGGCUGUCCGGGAAGCGACCGUGCCGGACAGCGACAGCCCAGACCCCUUGGAUCCCUUACAUGCGCUGCUGCACGAAGCGCGAUUGGAAGACUCUGAUGCAAAGAUGAGGACCUCCUUGCAUGUGGAGGCAUCAGAACAGAAAACAGAGGAAUCAAGGGGACGCAAAGUUAAAAAGAAGCGGUGGCAAGUGAACUCGAUACCUCUUUUGGAAGAGGAAGAUUAUGAGGUGUUGGCAGAUGAGCGCUCCCGACGGAGAGCUGCGCGAACGGCACACCCAGAUGAGACAGAAACAAAGCAUGUGCAUCAUGAGCCAAAGACUUGGAGCUACAAGCUUGCAAAGUGGGUCAUUUCCAAGCACUUUGAAGGCGUGUUUGCAGCUGUGAUCUUUAGCAACUCCAUCUUUUUAGGCAUUUCUCUGGAAUUCGAAGCUGGGAACAUUGGGAAGGACAUGCCAGUGGUAUUCAAGGUCUUUGACCUAGCUUAUUUGGCGCUCUUCUUGAUCGAGCUGUUGCUGAAAAUCUGGGUUGAUGGACGGAACUUCUUCUGCGCCAAGGAUCGGACGCUGAUGUUCUGGAACUAUUUGGACCUGACCAUCGUUUGCACCUCUUUGGUGGAGGUAGUCUUUGACAUCCUUUUGCUGGCACAGACGGGUGACAACGAUAAUCGCAUUGUGCCAACGAAUCUGAUCCGCGUGAUCCGCAUCGUGCGCAUCUUGCGGGUGAUGCGCGUCAUCAAGGUGGUGAAGUUCAUUUCUGGCCUCACCUCGCUGAUUUCUUCAAUCUUGUCUACCUUGAAAUCCUUGCUCUGGAGCUUGCUUCUUCUUCUCAUGGUCAUGUAUGUGUUUGGUAUUUUGUUCACUGACAAUGCCAUUGGGUUUAUCACCUUGCAGGGAGUCGAGACCAUGCACAUAGCGGGGUCAGUGGAAGCUGAUCUCAUGAAACAUUUUGGCUCCUUGCACAGCUCCAUGCAUACGCUUUUCCGCUCUGUGACUGGUGGAGUGGACUGGGGUAAUAUGGCAGAAUUGCUCGUCCACAUCAACUGGUUUUGGGGAUAUGUUCUGACGGGCUACAUUGCAUUUUCAUAUUUCACCGUUCUAAAUGUGAUGACUGCUGUCUUUUGCAAACGUGCAAUUGAAAGCGCUGAGCAAGAUGAGCAAAACAUAAUGCAACGAUUUCACGAUGACCAGAGGCGGCUCAAAAGACGCAUUGAACAACUCUUCCACAUCUUUGAUGGUUUGGAAGAAGAUGGAGCCAUCACCCUUUGUGAGCUGGAGAGCUUCUUCGACCAAGAUGAGGUCCGAGCCAUCUUCCAAUCGUUGGAUCUCAGUGCUCGAGACUCCUGGACUCUUUUCAAAUUGCUGGAUGAGGAAGGCAAUGGAGAUAUUAAUCUCAUGGAAUUCAUGGACGGCUGCUUGCGUUUGAGAGGGCCAGCGAAGGCCCUUGACAUUGCCUGCGUCAUGGAUGAAAGCCGCCGGAUCAAGAGGAAAGUGAUCUUGGCUGAUCAGCGGCUGAAGCAUUUGGAGAGCAACGUCGCUGCCCUCCGGUUGGAUUGGAAGCAGGUGAGCGAUCAACAGAAAGGCGUUCAAGGUGCGACUCAGCAGGACAAGCGAAUGGCCCCAGACAGAGAGUUUGAUCUGCCAUACGACAUUGGUCCUCAUGUGGACUUUGAUGUCCAUCCACAGAUCAUGCUUCCUGGUGUCUUAUUGACGUAA